AUGUCAACCGCCACUGAGACUGUCACGCAGACUACAGAGACGCUCGCGAGUCUGUCCUUGAACAAACCCAACGAGGGCGAGAAGAAGGAAGAGUACCGUUAUUCCCACCUGCUGCCUCACUUCGACCAUCAGCUCAAGUACCCGCCACUCGUUCCGUUCGAGCAUGUCGACCCUGGCCUUCGUGCGCUCAAGCACGCAGACCAGCGUGCGUUCCUCAACGGCGCCGAUAAGGUCGUGCAGCUGACGCCGAGGCUGGGUACCGAGGUGCGCGGCGUGAACCUGCUCAAGCUCGGCAACGAUGGUCGGGACCAACUCGCGCUCGAGGUCGCGAGGCGAGGUCUCGUCGUGUUCAGGGGUCAGGAGGAGUUCAUCGACGCUGGACCCGAGUCAUACCUUGAAUGGGGACGUUACUUUGGAAGGUUGCACAUCCACCCCACCAGCGGCCACCCAAAGAACUACCCCGAGUUCCACCUCGUGUACAAAGACGGAAACUCAGACUUCAACACGAUCUACGAAAACAGCAUCACCAUGACCGGCUGGCACUCCGACGUCUCCUACGAGCUCCAGCCGCCCGGCCUAACCACCUUCUUCCUGCUCGACUUCCCGACCACGGGCGGUGACACCCUCUUCACGUCGCAGGUGUCGACGCUGCACCGACUCUCGCCCCCGUUCGUUGCGUUCCUGCGCACGCUCAGCGCGGUGCAUUCCGGCUUCGAGCAGGCGGACCGCUCGCGUGGCGGCGGGCGCGGCGGGGUGGUCAGACGCGAGCCCGUGGAGCACGUACACCCACUGGUCCGCAAGCACCCUGUCACCGGCGAGGAGGCGCUGUACAUCAACAAGGGAUUCACGAGGCGGAUUUUGGGCCUGAAGAAGGAGGAAUCAGAGACGCUCCUCAAUUUCUUGUUCAGCCACGUCGCCGCGUCUGUAGAUCUGCAGGCUAGAGUCAAAUGGGAGCCCGGGACCGUCGUCCUGUGGGAUAAUCGCAUCACUGCUCAUUCCGCGGUUGUAGACUACGCUGAGUCCAAUCAGCGCCGCCACGGUCUGCGCAUCACGCCGCAGGCCGAGAGGCCCAUCCCUGCUCUGGAAGGUCUGCAGAUCCCGACGUUGUGA